CCGAGACUCACCAUGCCCAGUGAACCCCGAAAUCGUACGACAAAUCCAUCUUCGGCGCGCAAAGGCGUGCCUCACAAACGACCACGAAAACGACUAAGCUGCGAACCCUGUAGAGUCAGCAAACUCCGGUGCGAUCGACUGCAACCCUGUUCCGCUUGCAGACGUCGAGAAUGCGAAUCUGCAUGCACCUACGGGCCACGUCGCGACACAGUCACCAACAACACCCUUACAGAAGAAUCUCCAUCUCCCGUCUGUGACUCUUCUGCUCUUCCGCCACCAUCCUUGGAAGUUGUUACAGCAGCGAAUACGGUAGAUAAGGGCCAUCAUAAUACAACGUCGACUUUUCGACAGUCUCCAGGUAACGCCCGUCCAAUACACUCACCUCGAGCCGAGCCCCUGUCUUCUAUCGCGUCUUGGGACGCGGUCCUUGAGCGGCCCACUUCCGGCCGUGAUGAUAGUCCUGGGCGAGAAAUUGACCCUUUUGCCUCUUUCGCCUUCGGGCCGAAAAGACCCAAGAGCGAGCUAUUAGACCUCCUCCCAUCCAAGACCACUAGCGAGUUCCUUAUCUCAAGGUAUUUUACGUAUCAAGCUCCACUGUUCCAUAUCCUUCACGGACCUACUUUUCAGCAACAAUAUGCAGACUUCGCCCGGGAUCCAGCGCAAGCAUCACUGUCUUGGUUGGCGCUGCUCUUCACCCUCUGCUCAUUGGCUUCCCAAACAUUGGAGGCUGGGGAUCCAGUGCUAAGAGAAUGUCAGCCAUCGUGGUCCGAAGUUGACCCUUGCGAUCCACGCUCUUUAUCUCGUCACCUCCGUGGCGCCGCCCUUGCUUGCCUAUCAGAAGCCCGUUUUAUGGUGCGAUAUGACCUCAAUACGCUGGAGGCCGUGUUAAUCAUGACCUACGGAAUAUGCCAUAGCGAAGGAGUUGACCGUGCCUGGGUCUUUCUCGGUGUGGCCCUCAACAUGGGUAUUGUGCUGCGAUGCAAUGCCGACUGUUUGAACCAAAACUUUAUCCAACAGCAGAGGCGUUGGCGAUGCUGGGCCGGGAUUCGGAUGCUCUAUACUUACCAAGGCAUUCUUUUCCGUGACGUCGACCUUUCGUUUCUCCUUGCAUUUCCUUCUCCCGUGCCCGCAGAAGUUGACGAUUCCGACAUACAUGUAGAUGCGCUCCACAAGUCAGUGACAUAUCCGAACAGCAUGUCGCUUAUGAAGUUUAAACUUCGUCUAUUUGAGCUAUCGACCCAAAUAUGCUCCUGUCUUUCCAACAGUUCUACAUUUGACGAAGCUGCCGCGAACCACUUUGAUGCUUUGAUUGCAGCCGAGCAACAGCAGUGGGCUUCCGCGUUUCUCCCUUCUGGAUGUCCCAGCUUCUUUGACACGGCGGGCUUUGCGUACUGGUGCAUACUCGAGACGUACGCUUAUCAGCUCUAUCUCCUGAUUCACCGGCCUUUCUAUCAUUCCCAAUCUCCCAAGUUUCUCCCUUCUAGCAGGAAAAGAUAUGCCGAAUCGAGUGUAGCCCUGUUGGAAACGUUUGAGAAACUAUGUGAGCUUCCUACUCUUCGGCCAUACCGAUGGCUAGUGAACGGCAUGACAAGCUUCAAUGCACUCCAAGGUGUGGUUGCUUUGGCGGCUUGUCUGAUUGAUAAACAUGGACAAGGCGGUACCACAGCUUCUCACAAAGCAGUCUUUGAUGCUACUGUACUGCGCAUCGAGUCACUGCAGGGAACGAGCCCUGUUUGUGAAAGAGCUUACCCUACAAUCAAAGCAAUACAGACACAAAUAUCUACACUCAGCAGUGGCGAAGAUUAUGUUUCGCCUCGGGAGUGGGAUCCUAGGACCGAUUGGCUUGAUCUGAACUCGAUCGAUUGGGCUUUCUGGGGGGAUUUCACAGACAAUGUUAGGCGUGGUGCUUAGGACUAAUCCAGCUCGCGGGAAUUAAAUUAAUUAUAAUAGCUAUAAACUCUCAAACUGCACUUAGAACUCUACUAGUAUCACUACUAUUUGAGCUUUGAAUUAUCCCACUAGGUACCAGC